CGUUCUUGAGCUGACGUGUGAGUGCCAGAGGCCUCGCCGUUCCCACUCCGCCGCCUCCUCCUCCCCCCCUUUCCCCGCCCCCUCCUCGGACGCGGGGCAACCAUGGCGGCUACCUGGGAAGAGAUCCUGAAGUUGUCCCAGCAGUUCCAAUCCGCCCAGUUCGCCCAGGCGACGCAGAGGUGAGGGGGGGAGGGGGAGGGGAGGAGCCACCCGCGAGCCCCCCUCGCGCGGACGAAUCUCGCUCCUUCCACGGUAUCUCGCGCGACAAGCCCGAGGCUCCUUCAUUCCGUGCUCAGCAGCAGCCGCUUCAACGGCGUCCCUCUGGGCCACGACCCGUAAUGCCCCUAGAAGCAGCGCAGCCCUUCAGCAGGGAAGGGGUCUCUGCUCACCUUAGUGCCGUAAUGCUCUUAAGUAGGAUUGCCUGUUGUUGUUGUUUUCAUCCCCGCUCCACGUGCUCUGCUUUUGACAACCUUGGCAUACAGAAAUGCAGUACAGCGGGGCUAGAGCUUUUCCUGGCCUAGAGAAAAAUGUCACCCGGAUAAUACUCAUUUGCUAAAGGUGCUGCUGCCAAAGGCAUAGGAACCAGUGAAGAAGCAGCAGCGAUCCUGUCCGCCCUGGGAAUCCGUGCUUUGCUCGCUACUGCCCUUUCCCACGCAUCCUGCAAACGUGUCAACACGUCCCCCGUACAUUUCACAUUUGAACAAGCGCCCGAGGCCAGUACGUUUCCGAGCACAAUUCAAAGUGUUGAUGCUGACCUUUAAAACCCUAAACGGCCUCGGUCCAGUAUACCUGAAGGAGCGUCUCCACCUCCAUCGGUCUGCCUGGACACUGAGGUCCAGCGCCGAGGGCCUUCUGGCCAUUUCCUCACUGCGAGAAGCCAAGUUACAGGGAACCAUGCAGAGAGCCUUCUCAGUAGUGGCACCUGCCCUGUGGAACGCCCUCCCACCAGAUGUCAAAGAGGAAAAUAACUACCAAACUUUUAGAAGCCAUCUAAAGGCAGCCCUGUUUAGGGAAGCUUUUAAUGUUUAAUAGGUUAUUGUAUUUUAGUGUUUUGUUGGAAGCUGACCAGAGUGGUUGGGGGGACCCAGCCAGAUGGGCGGGGUAUAAAUAAUAAAUUAUUAUAAUUAUUAUUAUUUCCUGGUAUAUCGAUCUCCUGUGUCGGCCUGCUUUGCAGCAGAAGCACUUGAAAGGGUCUUGUAGCUCCUGACAUAUCUGUUUGGGGCCUGCUCCUCAUGAAGUGGACUCUUUAGUCCGUGGAAGUUGCAUUCCAGUAUUGUAAUAUGUUUGUGGGUCUUUUAAGAUGCAUGUACUGUAAAGCUAAAGGGCUGCACCAGCUGCAAUGUUUCUGUGAAAGCACAAAAAGGGUAAGUCUUGGGCCACCUGAAAAUCAUUUCUGGCAGUUUCGUCAAAGUGCUUAUUUUAGCAGGCUUUGCCGUUGAAAGAAUUGUAUUGGACCUUUGAUUACUGUGAUGACGGUUGAAUAUAAAUGUGUGUGUAAUAUAUGAGAACAGAACUAAGAAAGUAUGACUCAACAUACAUGUUUGGACAUUUUCAGAAUAUGUAUUACUGCAUGCUGUUUUGUAUUAUUUUUUAAUAUAAUACUAUAAAACUGAAAAGCCCAUGGCAGUCCACAAGGUCUAAUAUUUAGCAGACAGUGUUUUUGUGAGCUUGUGAUAAGGCUGGCAAUUGCUUUCGUUUGUGGAAUGGCCAUAUAACACAAUACAAACUUCUGUUCCAUUUAGCUGCAAAAAAGAUCCAUUGAUGUCCAUUACUCAUAAUUAGUGUCAGUGCAUUCAGAAUGGUAACCAAUAUUAUCCAAAAACACAAUACGAUGUUACAUUUCAAGUUCUGAUAUAAUCUGCUGAAGAUAAAAAAUCUGCAGUAAUUCUGUGAAAACUGCAUUAGACAUCCAGUGUCAAAUGUACCUUGUUGUUGUUGUUUAGUUGUUUAGUCGUGUCCGACUCUUCGUGACCCCAUGGACCAGAGCACACCAGGCACUCCUGUCUUCCACGGACUCCCGCAGUUUGGUCAGACUCAUGUUUGUAGCUUCGAGAACACUGUCCAACCAUCUCGUCCUCUGUCGUCCCCUUCUUCUUGUGCCCUCAAUCUUUCCCAACAUCAGGGUCUUUUCCAGGGAGUCUUCUCUUCUCAUGAGGUGGCCAAAGUAUUGGAGCCUCAGCUUCAUGAUCUGUCCUUCCAGUGAGCACUCAGGGCUGAUUUCCUUCAGAAUGGAUGCGUUUGAUCUUCUUGCAGUCCAUGGGACUCUCAAGAGUCUCCUCCAGCACCAUAAUUCAAAAGCAUCAAUUCUUCGGCGAUCAGCCUUCUUUAUGGUCCAGCUCUCACUUCCAUACAUCACUACUGGGAAAACCAUGGCUUUAACUAUACGGACCUUUGUUGGCAAAGUGAUGUCUCUGCUUUUUAAGAUGCUGUCUAGGUUUGCCAUCCCCUUUCUCCCAAGGAGCAGGCGUCUUUUAAUUUCAUGACUGCUGUCACCAUCUGCAGUGAUCAUGGAGCCCAAGAAAGUAAAAUCUCUCACUGCCUCCAUUUCUUCCCCUUCUAUUUGCCAGGAGGUGAUGGGCCCAGUGGCCAUGAUCUUCGUUUUUUUGAUGUUGAACUUCAGCCCAUAUUUUGCGCUCUCCUCUUUCACCCUCAUUAAAAGGUUCUUUAAUUCCUCCUCACUAGUUGCUAUUCUGGUAUUUGGGAAAUGCCUUGGAAUCUUAGGUGUGGGGAGAAAGCUGUUGGAAAUCAGUAUAUAUGAAGCUCCACAAAGUUUGAUCAGCCCCAAUAAACAACUUUCUUGCCUGUUUUGCACCAGUUAAUCUGGAGUACAGACCCCCAGUAACGUUCCCAGUUUUAUUAAUAUUGAUAAGAAUCCCUGCUUAACCUGUAAGCAUGGUGUGGUGGUUGUGAAACUCACCUUUCUGCUUUCUGUUUGCAGUAAGACAGAGCGUUAAGGGAUAAUUUGAUUGUAUUGUCAAUCUGUCAGAAACACUUGUUUUAACUGAAAAUUUCUGUGGCAUAAAUAGAUUGCUAAAGCUUCUCCAGAUUGUCUUAGAAAUGAAGUAGCACUUGUUUAAAAUCAAGUUGUCAGGAUCUCAUGCAAGAUGUUUUGCUGUUCUUUUAUGUAUGCAGACUGUCGGAACGUAAUUGCAUAGAGAUCGUUUCUAAGUUGAUUGCUGAAAAACAGCUGGAAGUGGUGCAUACUCUUGAUGGAAAAGAGUAUAUUACUCCUGCGCAGAUUAGCAGAGAGAUCCGUGAUGAACUUCAUGUUCAUGGUGGUAAGUGUGUAAAAAAUAUUAUUUCUAAAUAUGUUUACAAGCUCAACUACAGAGAAAGAAACUUUAAAGGUAAUUUGCUUUGGGAAAAUAAAAAUAUAUAGAAACAUGUAUCCUUGCCAUCGAGACAUUUAAGGGUCAUGAUUCUAACACUAUUUCAUAGUGCGAAUGGACUCGCCAAAGUAAAAUAACCAUUAGAAAGAUACUCCUGUUGACAUAUCUUCAAGAUCAGCUAGGGGUGGUGUGAAAAACAAAAGCAGCAAUUCUUAUUAUCCAAACUGCUAGUGGCAGAACCCUAGCUUGGAAGGGACCCAGGUCUCAUCUAAUAAUGGUAAUGUUAGGUAACUUUACAUUGCAGUCCCAUACAUGACUACUCAGAACUAUGUUCCAUUGAGUUCAAUAGGAUUCACUCCCAGAUAUGUGGGUAUAGGACUGCAGCCUCUAUGUCAUUCCACUUACCUCUCAAGCUGCUACUGAAUUUGGAAUACUUGGUGUACAUUUGUCAUUUAAAAGGAACUGCAAAGAAGUAUGUAGGAUAUUUUUAUGUGGAAUUGCAAGCACAGUUUAGCACUAUUCUGGUAUGUUACAUACAUUGUCUGCACUGAAUGGGAAAGUUGUAAAAAACAGUGUAAACAGUUAAGUGAAACUGGAGACAGGAUUGUAACAGAGAAUUCAGUUGUAUUUACAAAGCUGUCUAGUCUUAUCUGAAAGGUGAGUAAGAGCCAAACUGUCAUUAGCUAUUCCAUCCCUUGCAUUUUUCAUAAAAAGCACCCAUGAGAGGCAUGGGUUUGAAUCAGAAGAAGGGUUUCUUACCCCCCACCCCACCCUGGCACAAUUUUCUUUUUUUAAAAAUGAACUUUUUCCCCAUUUUGGAAGUUGCUAGUUGCCUCACUCAAGAUUGGAUUUGAACAGUAGCUGUGCCGCUGCUGGUAACAAUUAAACUCCUAGGGUAUGAGGAAAAGAAUAAUUGAGGGAGCUUUCUUCCUGGCAAGUAUCAGUUGAUAUCUGAAGUUGUAGCAUCCCUUUCAUGCUGAGUACAGGAAUAAAGGCAAAGGCCUUUUGGUUUUUCAUGCCAUUGUUUGUUUAGUUUAAGAACAAAGCAUUAGCUACCAGCAGGCUUCAUCAACAUAAAUCUUUUUCUUUAUGCAGAUUAACAGACUUAUUUCAGUGGAGUUUACCAUAGUGCAAAUGAUACAAACUCUUGUGCAUGUUAAUGAGCACACAACUCUUUUCACAAGCUCUUCCAAUUUCAUUUCAAAGUGGGGGCACUUUUAUGUAUAGAUCUUUUUUGAAAGUUUUCCCUCCACUGAUGUAAGUUGCGGUACUAGCGUGCAUGGAAGAUCUAGAGCAUGCCUGCAAAAUACUCUUUGCUAUUCCAGAUGUUGCUGCUGUCACCACCUUUAUAGUUCACAUCAUGCUGGUCCAGGUAUGUUUAAAGAUUUCUACACAAGUGGCAUGACUUUCUUCCAUGUGGAUGUGUAGAUGCCUUUACAUGUAAUUGGACAAAUAUGCAAGAAACUUAGAGGCAGUUGCAGCUAUGCUGGAAAAAUUAUGUAUAAAGGAAGUCCUAUUCACACUUCAUGGUAGUAAAUUCCAUUUAGCAAGCAGGGUUAGUUCCCAGACAACAUGCAUGAAACCAUGCUGGAAGUUUCAAAUCAGAAUGUAAAGAGUAAUAAAACAGUUCAUUAAAAUGUACUUCCUUUGUCUAUGACUUUCUAUAUUAUGCAUUAAAAUCUAUUUGCUAAUAUAUUCUUUCUUUUAUUACAGGUCGUGUAAACAUUGUUGAUUUGCAACAGGUAACUUGCUUUAAGCAUAAAUACUUUUUAUCUGCGCUUAAUUGGGCCAAUUUGAAAUACACAUUUGUUUUUAAUGGUUUUGUACCCAGAAAUAAGUCUCAUUGUGUUCAGUGAGGCUUACUCCUAGGUAAGUGGGUAGCGUAUGGAAACCUAAAUACUUACUGAAUAGUGUAUGGGUGGGUCCUCCCUUCCCUUUUAAGUCCCCAAUCUUGCAAUCUUGCAAUUAGCUGACGGGUGGAGAUUAAAUCCUGCCUCUAGGUUACACAGUCCUGUUACCUGCUGGGAACAGGAUCGCACAGCCAGUGCAGCAUUAAACCCUGUCCGUCCACCCACCAGUAAUGUCAGCUGGGUGGGCAUCUUUUUGGGGGAAAGACCUAGCAGGCCAAAUUGUCCCAUGUCCUGGAGAUUCCCCACCUCUGGAGUAAAGUAUAAACACUUAGCUGCUAACCUAUAUUUCAUUUUUACUAACUGUGGUGUCUCUGUAGGUUCCAUUAUGUUGCUCCCAUUCUCUGUAAUUUUAUAUAUUAUAAAAUUACAGAGAAUGGGAGCAACAUAAUCGCACUGUUCAUCAACAUAAGCACCCCAUCACACUUGUUUUAAUUUUUGAAGCCUGUUUUAGCCUAUCAAGGAAGUUGGGCUUUUUAAAUGUCACAGUAUGCACAAAUAACAAUGACUGAUCGCUGAAACAGUCAGGGAAUUAAUAUUUCAUUUCUGCUAACCUUUUUCCAUCUGAAAGCUUCAGCUAAAUUGAAGCUUUUCAUAAUAAUUAGAGAUUUUAUUACAUUGUGUGUUAACUUGUCUUGAUUUCUAUUUUCUUUUCCAAUAUCACAUUUUCCUUUUCAGUUAAGAUACACCUGUAUCUGAAUUAUUGAAAAGUAGCUAGAGUGUAAUGGUUUGUGAAUGUGAAAGUGUAUCAUUUUAACAGUAGAUGAUGGAUUUGAGUUCUAGAUGCUAACCUGUUUUUUCUCCCCUGCAGGUAGUAAAUGUAGAUCUGCUCCAUAUUGAAAACCGAGCUAAUGACCUUGUCAAAUCAGACCGAACAGUUCAACUAGUAUUGGGGCAGCUUAUAGAUGAGUGAGUUCUUUCAAGAGUGAUUAAAUACAGUGUAAAUGUGUAAUGGGCUUUUCGAUGUGAUUAAUCCAGAAUGAGGAAAUGGAAGCCAAUAAUUAUGCAUUGUGUCUGAGAAUGUACUCCACUGCUUUUGUACAAGCUGAGCAGUUGAAGUCAUACAAACAUUUGAGAACCACUUUAUUGUUUAAUGCUUGCUAAUGCAAAGGAAGGCAUUUAAACUUUCCUCAUUACUGUUGAGACAAAGACAGAAAAAGCUCUGGAAAAUAAAUGGAGGGGGGCUUUGUGUCCCUUUUAUGCCCGGUGUGUGUAGAGGAGAUGGAUGAGACUCCUUAGCAUCAGUAGCAAGUAGUUUGCCCUCUUGGGUCGUUUGAAAGAGAGACACAGUGUGCAAGGAACUCUUACUACUUAGUGUAAUGUGUAUCACCUUUAAGAAUCGGGUGCUGGAAAGAACAAAUGGGGAGUACACAGGUCCUGCUUGCAGGCUUCCCAUAUGGAUCUGGUUGGCAGCUGUGAGAAUUAGGAUGCUGGACUAAAUGGGCCUUGGACAAAUUACCUAUAUAUAAUGACAACCUGAUUAAAUCUCAGCUUAUAUCUAGUAUUUAUGCAGUGUUCUGUUGCUGACAUGGACCAUAUGUUUGCUGUGAUAUCAGAUAUGGGUGCCAUUCAGUUUAAACUCCAAUAUCAGCUUACGAUCUUUAAGUUUUAGAAACGAGCUUCAUAGGAGAUAUAUCAAGCAACAGAAUACUAUGAAGAAUUACAUUUGCUUUAUCAGUUUUGUAAAACAUGAAAACUAACGGUAACUUCUGUUUGAGGGAGAAUGAUCGCAUCUUUUACAAAGUUUGUAGUAGACGCAACAUACACUUAAUGUUUUCAUAUAGUACUAUACAGUGGUACCUCGGGUUAAGUACUUAAUUCGUUCUGGAGGUCCUUUCUUAACCUGAAACUGUUCUUAACCUAAAGCACCACUUUAGCUAAUGGGGACUCCCGCUGCCGCUGCGUUGCCAGAGCAUGAUUUCUGUUCUCAUCCUGAAGCAAAGUUCUUAACCCGAGGCACUAUUUCUGGGUUAGCAGUCUGUAACCUGAAGCGUAUGUAACCUGAAGCGUUUGUAACCCGAGGUACCACUGUAUAGGAUUACUAAAAGCAAAUAAUGUUAUAGCAUGCAAGGCAAAUUUGGAAUUUUAUACUCCUUUUUUCCAUAUUAGGAAUUACCUAGAUCAGAUAGCAGAAGAAACAAAUGACAAGUUACAGGAAUCUGGGCAAGUGAAAAUAUCUGAUUUGUGCAAGGCAUAUGACCUUCCUGGAGAUUUCUUGAAGCAGGUAAUUAAUAUGAAAAUGGCCAACUUUUCACUAAAGCAUGUGAUAUUUCACCUCUCGUAACUAUUAUGAUAAGUUCCAGUAUCAAAUGCACUAGCUUGUGAUCUAAGUUUGACAAUGCCUUUUCUUAUGGUACUUAAAGUCUAACAUGGUUUUAAUUUGCUUAUUGCUUCUAAAUACUGUGACUGCAGUAUUGAAUCUAAUUUCCUGGCAGCCACUGUGUCUAAUAAUAGGGAAGUGAAGCAGUCCUGAUCUACUACUUCAGUAAGAUUCUCUGAAAAGGCAAAAAUAAUUCUUAAGAUCCGUAGUCAUUGGUUAGCACAGACCAUUGGGCUGUAGAAACUGGAAGCGUUUGUUGAUUCCCCAGUGUGUUGGUUUGCAGCCAGAUGAGCAAAAAUGCAUUUUCCUAAAUUAACAUACGAGGAAAAUAAGGAUGGUAUCCAUAGCACCAGGAGCAAAACUAGGCUUUAUUUCACUUAGCUUAAAGACCUAGUUGGGCACACCAACCCAUGCAUUGGUGCGUGCACACACACACAGAGGCUGGAAGCCUCAGUGGUGCCCCUCUGGAGGCUUCACCUGGGGCAAAAAACCAACUACGCCCCCCCAAUAGCUACAACACUGCAUAGCACUUGCAUUUCUUCCCUCCCCCUGUGUUCAUCCCAAUUUUUUUCUGGGGUCCCCCAACUCCAGACUUUAUUUUGAGGGCAUGCAGAGGGCUACAGGCAAAGGAGGAAUGGGGAAAGUUCUGUUCUGCAAACCCAAGUCUCUUGCACUAGCAGAAUGGGAACACUGGAUAGGGCCUCAACUUAGGAAGUAAAAUGGGCUACAUUAUGUCUUAUUUACACAUGAGAACCUGUUUACGUCAGUAGUACAUGCAAAGUACCAAGUAAUGUAAUUGCAUGUGAUCUAAUACUGGUACAACUUCAGGUAUUCUGUCACUGAAGUUCAUAUUGUUUUGCACAAGAGUUCUUAGAAUAUUGAUGCAAGAACCUUAAUUAUACUUCAAAAUUGGUCAGAGAUCCCCCACAUCAGAUGUUUUUUCUCGGUACUAACAUGGAUUUCUAUGUAAGAAUGAUAGGUGUCGAUUCCUGCCUUCUGGACAUCAUGAUGUUGUUGUUGUUGUUUGCUUUAAAACAACCAUAACACAGCAGGAUUCCACUUCACAGCUUCAUCGAUAAGGCAGCAGCAAUUCAAGGUUUUCUCCCUGUUGGUCCCCAAUCUUCCAUUCAUUCAACAUUCCCUCCUGCAAGACUCUGAUAUGAGGAGGUGACUCUGAAAUAACAUUAGAGCGUUUGGCUUGGGGGUAGCAUUCAUUCAUUCAUUUAUAACAUUUGUUUUAAAACAUGCCACCUUUUAUGUUAGAUUUCAGGGUUGCAUACAAGGCUUAUUAAGAUCUUUAACUGAGUCAUCUUGGCUGUCUCCAAUAAUCUCUGAAAUGUAUUUGAUUAGGGCCCUGGAACUAUGCCCAAGCUUGGAAAGCCCGCCUUUCUACCUCUUAAAUGGCGUUUUGCCAGAAAGACCUUCAUUUUUAAAGCAUAGAAAUGUUUUAGAAUAAAUAAGAUGAAAUCCAAAUCAAAGAAUGCAGACCAAAGGUUUUAGAAAUCUGCUGCCAUUGACAGAUGGCACACAGAGCACAGCCAAAGUUUCAAGCAGAAGGAUAAUUCCAAGUUGCACAAAUUUUUGAAACACUUAUCACUCUUGAAUCCAUUGAGUAUUGUUCAGAAUGUACCAGUAGGACUACAGAAUAUAGAGACAUCCAUCAGCUGCAGAAACUUAAUCCUAGUGCUAUAAUGUGUUCCAUACUUCAGAGCUUCCUUACUGUCAAGUCCCAUGAUAGUAAGCAGGAAUGUAAGGCUCUCUGCAUUGGCUUAAUUGUCUUCCUGAGCAUUCAGGUUCUGAAGAGGGAUCUCUUAUCUAUACCUAGAAGCAGUGGUGGAUUAAUGGUUGGUUGUAGUCUAACAUCAAAUCCUGUCUCAAGGCUGAAUCCACAUGCACGUAUUAAAAGCCUGCUAAAAGCAGCAUAAAGUCAAAAUGUAAAAACAGUGCAACGUCAAAUAGCUUCUCUGGUUAAUUGCUGUGUUUAUGUUCUCAGGCAUUUUCCAUCCGCCUGGGCAAAAUUAUCCAUGGGAAAAUUGAUCAGGACAACCGAGGAGUGAUUUUCACAGAUGCAUUUGUCACACGGCAUCGGGCCCGUAUCCGUGGUCUGUUCACUGCCAUUACCAGGUAAAUUGAAAGACACGUUUAUGUUUUGGGAUAAACAGCUCUGAUUAUCUGCUCCUUGUGUGAGAUAUGCAUACACUUCCUGCAUAAAAGCAAGAUUAAAUUUUCCAGAGCAAACGUAACUGUUUUUAAUUACAAUAGCAAUGGCAACUGCAUCACUUUGGCUCUGGCUUUUCAUCAAAGAAUCUGCUCCCAUAAAUAGACAAAAGUUGGACAUGCUCGCUCCAACUUUUCCGAUAAAAAAUUCCAAAUCUUUACGCAGCUACUGACGUCCCAUCCUUAAACAUUUCCUCCCUGCAAAAUCUCCACAAAUUUCUUGCCUUUAGCAGUGAAAAAACUGGAAACAAAAGACAUUAGUGGUUGCAUAACAUAUUCUAACAGUAUUCUGUUUAUGAAGUAGAAAGUAGCAAUUUAUUUUAUUCCAGUAUUCACAAACUUGGUGUUCGAUGUGGAAUAAAUAAAGAUAUUUAAGGAAGGAUUCACUGUUGUGCUAAGGUGAUGGUUCCAUGAGGACAAACAUUUUGGCUUGCCAUGUGGAAGGAUCCCCCAUGUGCUUUUAUGGGGAUCUCCCAGCCCCCCAAAACCGAUUUUGGUUGUGCACAGGAAAAGGAGGGGGAAAGUCCCAUUGCACAUAUGGAGGUCCUUCCACAGGGCUUUUGCGAUGGGCAAAUUGAUCGGGACAACCGAGGGGUGAUUUUCACAGAUGCUGGAUCCUGCCCAAAGUGUUUAUGUAUGAGUGUCCUGGUUUCUUAUAUAUAUCUAUAUCACUUCUCUCUUUAGACCUACGCCAAUAAUUAACCUAAUAACUCGGCAUGGAUUUCAGGAGCAUCUGCUUUACUGUGAGUUUUGUUCAGGCUUAUUUAAUGCUGAUGUUUUUUGUAAUUAAUAUCAGAAAGUGUUAAGUGAGAGGCAAUUAAGAUAAGGUUUGAAGCUUGCGUACCUUUUUCUUCUUUCAAAAGCAAAGUGAAACUGACCCAUUAAAAUGCAUCUUUCAUGUUUAUUUGUUUUGUUUUGGGGGACCAGCACAGGAGGUGUGGUUUGUGCUGAGCUAGUUUCAGUUAAACAGUUCUGGCAUUGCAUGACAUGCCUUAUAGGGAUAACCCUGCCUCAUUACCAAAAGACUUUUGCAAUCCUUAGGAUGCGCUACCUAAACUAUUCCAGCUCUUGCUUACUACACAUCAUUCUUGUUUGUUCCUCCUGUUCACUAUCAUUUAAUGUAGUUUGCAUUUAUUUUGGCCAGCCGUUUUCUGGCUGCCCACACCUUCAACAUAUAGAUUUUCCUUGUCCUAAACAAGAAUAUCUUAAUUAAAGUGAAAAUCAGACAGUAACUAAAUGAAGCCCAUAUUAAAUACAUGCAUUCAGAUAAUGUAUUAUUAUUUCUUCAACACUAGUGUCUAACACCCCAUGUACAAAUUAGGCAAACAAAGCUGGUGCAUUUUUAAAAAAAUGUUUUAAUAAGACAUACCACCCACAAAAAUGUAAAUAGUGAUAAAAAGAAUCCAUAGCACACACUGUUGCUGACUGCAAAUGUCUGCUGAGACUGUGCUGAAGAAACAGCUGUUUUCCUGUGACUUCUUCCCACUUGUUAAUAUAUAAUGUACUGUAUUACAGGAAGCAGAUGAGAGGAGAACAGUUUAAUAUCUAUCUAUCUAUCUAUCUAUCUAUCUAGGUGUGUCUAUGUGUUCAAAUAAAUUAACUUGCACAGAAAAAAUAGAGGCCUGCAUACAGGCUCUGAGUUGUGGUUGUAAUCCCUGUAUUUUUAAUCACAUAUUCAUAAAUAUUUCUAAUGUUGUGGCUUCUUUGUUUCUUUUCCCAGCUAUGCUGGAAGAACUUGUUAGUACUGGGCGUUUGAAAGGCACAGUGGUUGGUGGAAGGCAAGAUAAGGCUGUGUUUAUCCCUGACAUCUACUCCAGAACACAGAGCAACUGGGUGGAUUCAUUUUUCAAGCAAAAUGGUUAUUUAGGUAACUUACCCCUUUUGAAUGAACUUUUCUUUCUGAAAGUUACUGGUCAAGAGAAGCAUUUUUCUUAAAGAUCUCCCCCUCCCUCUGACCCUCAUAUAUCCCAUUUUUCCUCAUCAGUAAUGCUUGGUGCCCAUUGAGACUGGUAGGGCAGGAAGGUUAGCAGUAGGCAGAGCCACUAACAGACAGAGCCAAUUCUUGUUUGGUUCCCAUCCUCCUCCCUCCAGAGUUUACAAAGGCAACACUAAAACUAAGGAGGAGAAAGCUGACAGUCAGCGCUAGCCUCUGUGCUGGCUGGAAGUAAAAAGACAAAUAGCUGGGGGCUGACUGAGUUUUGUGGGGCAGCACCCUCCUCCCCUUAAUAACCAGCCUCCACCUCUCAACACCAGUGCAGGAGAUAAUGCAAUGCAGAACAUCGCCAUCCCCUGCUCCCUAGUAUAGUUCCUGGGUUGGAAGAAGGAUGAAUUCCUGUGCUCCUCCUUGGGCCUGGAUGAAGCUGUAAGCUUUGGUAAUAGAGGGCAGGUUUGGAAGAGCAGACCUAGUCCCACUCUUGAAUCCACACAUGGCAAUCCACACAUGAUGGGACAGCAGCGAAGGGACAAGACUGUCCCAGCUCUUCAUUAUUCCGUUCAGUGAAGCUAUUGCUGUUGUAUUGGGGAAAAUGGAGGCUAGCCAGCUUCUCCUACUGGGGAGUGAUAUAGUGAGCAGACUUGUGGAAGGCUCCCUCCCUUGCCCACCUGACAAGUUUUACCAAGUUAACAUGCAAACACCAGUUCCUGGGUUCUCUACUGCUUCAGAGUGAGCAAGAAACAAAAGCCACAGAGAGGCUGCGAAGAGGGUGGUUAGUGUCCACCGAGAGAUGUCUAGCCCAUUGUCCCCAGUUUUGUUUUGUUUCGGUUUAGUUUUCUUCAAAGUCAAGGACUUUCUGUAAUUUUGUAGAAUUUGAUGCAUUGUCCAGACUUGGCAUCCCAGACCCUGUGAACUACAUAAAGAAAAGGUACAAGUCCUUGCAGCUCUUGUUUCUGAAAUCAUCUUGUGUUGGUCAGGAAAUUGUGGAUCAAGUGGAGGCCUCCGUGGAUGAAGCCAUCAGCUCUGGAACGUGGGUGGAUAUAGCGGUAUGCUCUUUGCUUUUCAUUUCUUUCCACUGGCUUUAUUUUCAAAAGGGGUCACAGCACAGGUCAUAACUGAACUUCUUGCACUAGCGCAAGGAGAUUUCCCCCCUCGUGCACACUAUGCGUCAUCUCCAAAUCUCCUGAGAGUUGAGCAAACUUCAAGGUUGUUUGGGGUAAGAGACUUGAGAAUGUUCCGUCACACAAGGGAAAUCCUUGCGCUGCCAAACAUUCACCACAGUGCUACAUUACAACCGUUUGCCUCCAGAAGGACCCAGGUCCAAUCCUUGGCAUUUCCUGGUGGGGUCAUGGGGGAUAGAUACCCUGUUUGAGAUCCUGUAGAACCACUGCCAGUCACUGCCAGCAGCACAGAACCAAAUGGACCAAUUAUCUGUCUAUAUAAGGAAGCUCCCCGUGUUCCUGUGUGGCAACAGAGACUAUUUUAUGCAGUUACACAGAGGAAAAUUAUACACCACAGAUUUAAAGCAGUGAUUACUGCAAUUUGCAAGGACAUGGCAGUUGAAAGGUCAUCACUUGCUAGUCUCGCUUGUUCAGCUUGAGAAGCAUUAAGCCCUAAUUUCAAAGCAUAAUUUCUGCCAAAUCAAUAUUGAGCAAGAGCUUAGGGUUGAUGUGGCAGAAUCUAAUACUCCUUGAGAUGCUAUUUUUGUAGAUGGGACUUCAGUUCUUAAACAAAAAAAGAUUUGCUAUCAAGCUUUAUGUCGCAAUAGACAGUACGUAUUCCUGUAUUCCAUUUAUCCAAAAGCGGCUUUUAGCUUGGUGAUAGAAACUGUUCCUUAUCGGGUGUGGCGGGGGGAGCUAUAGAGCUUUGAAGACUGAAAGCAUACUUACUCCUCCGAAUAGGUGCCACAUGCAUUUUUAAUUUACCAAAGGUAGUGUGAAAAAUUGGAAGUGGAAAUAAAUUAUGGCCUAGGCAGCUCUGAAAGAGAGUGAUAAAGUCACAAAUGGAAUUCACAGGUUAAUUCUAAUACACUUGUGUGUUUUACAACAUUCUGUAAUUCCAGCUUAAAAUUUUUCACACCACUUGCCUGUAGAUUUGUGGACAUAUUUAGCUCACAGUUGCUUCACUGCAAUAGAUGACUGCAGCAUUUUUGUCCAGAUAGAUAGAAACCAGUUUUGUACAAAGUGGCAGUAAUAAUUUUCCCAACAAGCUCCCUAGAAACAGGGAAUUACAUGUUUAUCUGUCAUCAUCCAGGCAGAGGGCACAGACUCCUGUUAUCAAAUACUGCAGGUUAUAAAAUGCCUUUUGAAUUGGCUUUAUAUCCUACCUGGAGUUUUUAAUUUGUACAUUAUUUUAAUGCAAACAUGGCAAGUAGCUUGAAACAGCUUUGACACUUUACAAAAAGCUGUAAAGAUUUAUUUUGUCAAAAAGCUUUUUGAUUUCCCAACCUCCCUUCUCUCAAUGUCAUCUUUACAUUUUCAGUUUUUCUGGUUUAGAAAAAUCCUGUUUAUUAAAGUACAUUCAUCCACCUAUUCACCUAUUCAUCUCUCUAACAAAGAUUAAAUGAGUAGACAGGCAGGAUUUUGCAUCAAGGUAACCUAAAUUCUGCACCUUAUUAAAGCUGAUUUCUGCAGUGAGUAUCAGCUCUGCAGAUUGAGUCAAUGCAAAGAGAUGUGCAUAAUUUAUUUUCUGCUGCAGAAAGUUAUUCAGGGUAGUCAAUCCCCACCUCACCUCAUACUUUUGAGAUUUCGCCUGGCAUCGUUCAGACACCUUUCAAACCUUUUCUUGCAGUUGUAAAAACUAGCAAUAUUUUAAAAAUAAUAAUCUCGGGACUGCUAAAUUCUGUGCCAGGAUAUGAAUAUCAUGCAUGGUAGUUAUACAAACAAAUUUGUAUAUAUUGUAGCCAGUUGGUUGAACAAUAAAUAACAAUGUGGUGGUUUUCGUUUGGCUUUGCUUCUUUUGCUCCUAGCCUCUUCUUCCAAGUUCAUUCUCUGUAGAAGAUGCCAGCAUGUUGCUCCAGCAAGUGAUGAGAUCCUUCAGUAAACAACCUUCAACUCUGGUCUUUGGCGACACUAAUGUUGUCAGUGAGAAAUUUAUCAACAGCUGUGCUGAUUUGUUUGGUGAUCUGAUGCACCAGAAAGCUGAAAAGGUUUGUUUCUGGGCGCAUUGUUUUAGAAAAGGACUGCAUGAGUUACAGCCGACCAAACUCAAUGCCACUCACCAGUAAUGCAGUGUGGCCUGUCAGGUGCUCUCUCCUUCCCCAGCUCUCUUUGCAAUUUGAUUCAAGCAAAAUCAAUAUAUUCAUUGAGCCCUUGAUAGACUAAUCUCUGGCUGGUGGGCUGCAUUCAGCUUGAUAAGUCCCAUGUUGUGCAAGCCUGUCUUUAGCACAUAUUAAUGAUGUUUUUAUGUCUUUGAGCUGAACUACCUACCCAUGGAAUCAGCAUUGUCCAUCAUUGUGUUUUACAUUUAAUUUUGUUUCUAGUUAAAAAUGACACCUUUGUUUUGUAAGCUUUGUGCAACACAUUUUGGGAGAAUAUUGGGAUGCCAUCACAUUUGGCUCAUAUUCCUUGAAUUUGUACAUCCAUUUUCCAUAUCUCAAGCCAGUCACUGUCAGAUUCUUGGCUUUCCUACUGUGAUAAUCAAGAACAAAACAGCAGGUGGCAAGGAAAGGUUGUCUAGUGAUUAUUUCUAGGUGAGAGUACAACAAGGAAAACGGAGAUAUAUUGCUGCAUUUCAGAGUAAAAUAGCAAAAAAUGGGAUUAUUCUGUUUAUAUUUCUUGCAUAUCUUCUUCCUAUCAAAACCAGCACAGCUCAGUGGAUGGUGGCUAAGUUUAAGGUAAUAGUGUUCUGCUAGGACCUGACAAAUGGGAUACCUCAUGCAGAUAUUAGCUGAGUAUGUGUCUGUCAUGUGUUGCACUCUCUUAUGAGUGUCUGGGACAUUACGUCCAUGCUAAACAGGAGGGGAGAUAGUAUCAGAAACCUUAAGGAUUUGCAGUACGUUCCAGUGCAUCUCACAUGAACAGGUGCAUGUAUGAUCUUCAUUUUAGGAGAUGAAAAAUAACCCUGUGCACUUAAUCACAGAAGAGGACCUGAAGCAGUCUGCAUUUGUAGAAAAUGCUUCUUCAAGUAAAAAAGACAAGAAAGAUGAAAGAAGAAAGAAAGCAGCAGGUAAGAAAAUGGAGGCAUAAGUUACUUGGUUACUGAUUCCAUGGUUUCUUCUUGUUAGUUUGGCAGCUGUCCUGUUGGCAUGACAAGGACUUCUCCCACAUUACAGCAUUGACAAUAGAGACACAGGUUUUGGGAAGAAAGAGUACUGCUUCUCUUCUUUGCUGACUACUGUUAAGUUUUCACUGCUCAAGGAAAUGCAAAGAAAAAGAUUGUUGGAGGGAGCAGGGUAACUCUGCCAUUUUACCCUGUAGCUGGACAUGGGAAGCAGAACAGCUCUUCUCUCAUCAUCAUCAUCAUCAUCACCACCACUCACAACUUAUUUAUGUAGUCUUGGCCCACCGUAAGACACAAUGAGAAACAUUGGUUAGUUGUUUGUGGGGAAGAACAUUAACAUGUUAGUUGUUUGUGUUUGUGGGGAAGAACAUUAGCACGUACAGUAAGAACUCAGUAUUGAGUUUGCAAGAAAUCCAUAUUGAUGGGGAAAGCUCCCAAGAGAACAGAGUUUUCUAGGGCAUGGUGGCUAUAGAAGCUCUCUAGACAGCACUAUAUAAGGCAGACUCUAAAGCUGUAAUUAGACGGAAGGAAUUUAUAUUUAUAGCCAUUUCUCUUAUUUAUUAGCAUUCCCCACCCCCGAACGUGUAAUUAAUGCAAAUGUCAAGUCACACGUUUAUAUACCUAAUGUUACCAUUGCUUAGUCUGUUUAUCAAACCAUAAGGCUUUGGUCAGGAUGUUAACGAUUGUGUUCUGAUAGCACAAUAUGAUGCAUGUUUACUCAGAAGUAAGCUCGUCUCUAUUCAGUGGGGCUCAGAGGAAGCUGUGCCUAGGAUUGCAGUCUAAAGUAAGGAAUAUUCAUUUAAUUGAGUAAUUUCAUUUUACAAAUGAGAGGAUGAAAAGGAUUUGCUAGAGUUUUGAAACUAUUUACACUGAAUUUUUAGAAUAGCCUGAAUGUGAUCAACCAGAGUUGUGAUUGUAUAGUGGAAUUUAUGCUGAGUGGCUCUUAACAAACUUUAUCAAAGUUUGAUAUAAUGCUUUUCUUUCAAAACAGAGUACCCAUUGUAUGCCAAAAUUAAAACUACACUUGAAUUUUACAUUAUUGUUUUAACAUACGGGAUUGGGACACUCACAAAUUGCAAUUAUAGAAUUGUCUUCUACUCAGAAAUGAGACCCAUUGAUUUCAUUGGGGCUUACUCCCAGCAAAGUGAGCAUAGGGUUGUAGCCCAAGUGUUACAAUUAGGUGGUAUAGGGUCAUUUGAAAUAAAAUGUGCAGAUGAUAGUUCUGUUCAAAAGGCAAACAGUAAUCAUGAAUAUUUCCUGUUCAGCAUUGCUUGAACUGUGUUAAUUUCAUUGUCAGUCAGCUUAAAUGCAUUUCCUUUCAUCUUGAUUUGGAACUUGCUGUGGACAUUGCUUUCUUUCAUUUUACCGUUAUCUUUUAUUUGAUUUAAGUCUGAGUCACAUUUUCAUAAGGAUCAGUUUGCUUUACUGAUGAAGUAGAAAUUAGAACAAAUAUUGAAAUACUAUACUCUUAGCUCUGUCGUUCUUUUAUUAUGCACCCAGGUAUAGUAACUCCUGUUUCCUUUCAUAAUAUAGUCAGGGUUAUUAUUUUCUGUUUUUAUAAGGAUUUUGGUUUCAUUUCAUUAUAUUUGUCAAAGCAUCACUUGACUUAGUAAUACUUCACAUGCUAAUCAAGUAGUUUUUCCACCAGAGGGCACUGGAAGUGUGAAAAGUAGCGGUGGAGGAAACGCCAGAGAAUUUAAGAUCAAGAAAGCCAAGAAGAAGGGAAGAAAAGACGCUGACAGUGAUGAGGAAUCACAAACAAGCAGCUCAAGUUUGUAGUUUAUUCUACUAUAGUAACCUAAUCCUUGUAGUUUUGUAAAUGCAGUACUGUUGCCCUGAGUUUGUAAUGAAAUAUUCUCCUAUAAGAUAUCCAAAUAUAUUAGUAUGGUUAUCUUUUUUUCUAAGAUAAUUAUUUGAAUUGUGACACGAAGCCUUUUAAUGGUAACACAGAAAUGCUACUUCAAGCAAAAAUCAAGGUUAAGCACGGAACUAAAAAAAAAAAAAUAUGAUGAAGAGAAUUUAGUGAGCUGUUUUAAUAUGGGGCUGCAGGUGUGAGGAGGAACAUGCUAGCACUCUGGUAGUGCAAAGUUCCGUUACCUGGUUUCAGGUGAUUUCCAUGUACUGUAGCCCAGCACGUCAUAGCUGGCAAUGUUUGGCAGCUUCCCCCAGCCCUCUGGAGAAGUUCUUCAGGGAUGUACGGGGAGCUACAGGAAGGGAAAGGAAGAUCAGUUGCAUUAUCUGCCUUACACUCGCACAGUGUUGAAUGCAGCCCAGGAUAAACUUUUUUUUUACCUGAAUGCUUUAAAUUGUAUAACCUUUUCACAUUAGAGCAUCAUUUCUGAUAUGUGUCUGGUAACAUUACUUACUGCAAAUGGCAAUGGUGUAUCCAUAUAAUUUUAACAGCAGUUUUUUUGGGGGGAAUCCCAUUUUACCAUGAUAUUUCCAAAUGACUCCUGAAUUAAUCUAAUCACAAAAGCAAACAAGGGGAGGGGAAAAAACUAGGGCUCUGUGAUAAACAUACAGUAGCAAUUUUGAAUAACGUGAAUAGCAGUAGUCGGCACAUGCUUAUUUUUUUGUGACCUGCGGGAGUCCUGAUACUAAGAGGAAUGUAUUUUGUGUUCUUACACGGGAGAUUUCAAGAAAACUGAAGAUAUUAAUUAUGUUUCUCAUGGUCAUUGCAGAUAAGAGCAAGCACCUCGAGAUCCCUUUUCUGUCACCAGAAGAGAUUGAGGAUGUUUUAAGAAAACAUGUAAGGGACUGUCCUGAAGAGCUUAUAACAGAGCUCGCUGACCAUCUAAUAAGGUAAUUUCAAUUAUUUAUCUCAGUUUUGACUUAAACAGGGCCUAACACAUCCUAUAGCUCAAUGAAAAAUCAGAAUUCCGGUGUUCCAUCUUGCAAGGCUUUCAUUCAUUCAUUCAUUCAUUCAUUCAUUCACAGCAUUUAUAUCCCACUCUUCAGCCAGAAGGGCUCCCCGAGUCACUUACGUGUCAAUAAAAGAAAUGCAGUAACUAUCAACGACUACAAUCUAAAAAAUUUACAACCCAUAAAAAAUGGAAGGGAAGAUGAAAUCAAGCAAACUUAUGUUACCAGGUUCCCAUAUUAACCAAGUGUGAUGAAAGCAGACAGCUCAAAGUUCGAAAGACAGGCCUUGUUGGGCCCUUGAGAAAUAGCCUGCUGACCCUCCCUUCUCUGAUGUGUCUGCAGCAGAAAGUUGUUGAUCUCACAAAAAGCAGCUCCAAGCCAGCAAAAGAAAUAAUUUUUAAAGCAGUCACACAGACCAGACUCCUCCUCCUCUGUUGCCAACUGCCAUUGUUAACUACUGCAUCUGCAGGCUAUGUGAGCGGCCUGUGUGACUGCUAUUCUAGCCAUUGUGUUGUGUACAAAAAAACAGUUGCAGCUGACGUUAUUAAAAUGCCCUUGGCUUUAAAUUUUCAACUUCUGAUAGGAAAGCCUGUUAUUUUGUUGUUUUGAGGUUAUGUAGUAUUUGGAGAAAUACUAGACUCUUGCUAAUGUAUCCCCCCCUCCCCGUUCUUUAGGCCCUUGACCAAGAGUUAUCAGGAAGUUGUGCGUUCAGUAUUUAUGUCCUCCACUUCUACUUACUCUGGAGCUAGCAGGAAAAAGACCAUCAAGGACUUGCAGGAAGAGGUGUCCACCCUGUAUAAUAAUAUCCGAUUAUUUGAAAAAGGAGCAAAGCAUUUUACAGGUACAGCUUGGAUUGUAUCUAAGGUAGUGCUAGGUAACUAGUUCCAGUAGCACUAGAUUUCUGCUUGAGCAACAGAACUUCCUACCCUCUCCCCAUGCACACCUUAAAUCUGUUCUGAGGGUUUCUUCAACCCACUAGAGCAAAUAUCUUCAAGCUUUUUAAACCCAACCUUCCCAUUUAAACAUGCAUUUGGGGAUCUGCUUCUCAAUCUUUUACCAUAUAUUCCCAUGGUGGUAGUGCUCCUUUUACAACCCGCCUUAGAGCAGGCUGUGAUCCACCAGUGGGUCCCAGCCCACCCAUUGAAGCACCAGUGCUCUAGAGCAGAUUUGGGGAGCGCACAGGGCACAUGUGGAGGGAGGAAAGGGAAGUUUCAUUGCUCAGUACUGUAUAUAUAUCCUUGCAGUAAUGGAUGCCACACACUUAUCUUCAGAAUGAAUUUAUGGUUUAACACACUGUUGCUGGGCAGUUUCUGAUUUCAAAAAGAACUCUAAAAGACUAGAGUCGGUGAUGAUACUGCCCAUCGAUUUACUUAAACUUUUUCUUUUUUUACCUCUUUGGUUUCUAUUCUUCUCCCCCUGUCUACCACAGAUAUUUUUGUGUGGAUGUUCAUUGAAUUCUGCCGUUUGUGAUCUGCACAGAACUGCCCAUAGGAGUCAGUUUAAUAUUUGCUUUCUCUGCUUGAAGCAAAAGAUGGCCUAGUUUGAAACAUCUUGUCUGACCUUUCCAAUAACAUUUGCAGGUCUUUCAUGCAUUGUGAUGCCACAGACAUUUUAACACCUGUAAAAGCAGCUGGAAGCAGAGCGUAAGAUGCUUUGUGGCUGGAAAAAAGGCCGAGGCCUCUCUAGAUUGGCUAAUGUAAUAUGCAAAUAUUUACAAAUUGUCUUUUUAAUCGCAGAAAUUCUGUUUUGCAGAUGAGACGCAAAGUAACAUUGCCAAGCACAUGCUGAAGACGUUUUGCACUGACAUCACUAACCUCAUCUUCAACUGCCUAGCUGCUGAUCAAAUGAUGGCAGCAGAAGACUACACUGCCAUUACCACUGAGGUACUUUGAUACUAUUUCCUAUUAUCUUCACAGAUUCUUAAAGCAAUUAGUUCAUAUCCCCCCCACCCUCAUUGUAGAGCUGGACAAGGGGGAGGGGGGGACCUGUGCUUCUUCAGGUGUUAUUGAUGAACUUCAAUUCCUAUCAGCCCCAGCCAGCAUGGCCAGUGGUCAGGGAUGAUGGGAGUUGUAGUCCAACAACAUUUGGUUGUCUAUUGGUUCCUAGACCCUGUUGUAGGGCAUGGGUUCCUGUGCUUAUAAGAUAGCUUAGAUCUCCACAACCCCUACAGACAUUUUUCCAAUGGUUCUCCCUGUCUGUAGGUCUCCAGCACAGUGCCUGCAGAAACUUUCUCUGCUGACCACAGAGUCCUGCCUUCACAUGCUUCCCCUUGCUGAAAUUAGGCUUAGAAGAAAACUUCAAUUGUAGCUGAUUUAUUUCAAAGCAAAUUGCAUUUUGGGGGGCAUGGCAGUACAAUAAACUCGGCCCACGGUUGUGACCCUCCCUACUGACCUCACUGUACACACACAAUUAAAUUUCACAGAGCCCUUCUAUUUGCAACAAUACAAGCCUUCUUUAAAGCCUUAUUGACAUGAAGAAAGGGUGAUUCUGAGUUAGUGGGGGGUUGCAGCUGGGAAGGAAAGGAUUACUCCUUUCCUUUCUCUUAUGCACCCCCCUCAAAAUUGCUCCCCGCCUAACUGCAACAGAAGGCUUUUCUCAAGCCUAAUUGUUAUGGGGGUGAUCUUCCAGGACACUAUAGCUGUGGGGAGAAAAUUGGCUCUUGUCAGAAGGUGACAAACACCCCAUUAUCUGGGGGCAGUGCAACAAAAUCACUUUUUUCAAGCCUAAAUGUGGUUUGUGCAGUUUGCAAGGUGCCCAUGACCAUUCCUCUGGUUUGCAAAUAUGUCACAAGGCCCAAUAAGGUUGACCCCUGCAAUAUGAGAUUAGUGUUUCUAAGACUACUUUCUUAUUUUCUUUUGAGUUUAUUGACCAAAACAUGUUGUUCAUUGGAAUCUAAAAUUACCUUCAUUGAUUUGCACACUUCUUCAAAUAGAUGAGGAAAAAGAUUUUGAGUACUUUAUCUGAAGAGACAAGAGGUCCUUUAACAAAACUCCACAUUUCUCUGAAUGGCAAGGUAAGUUUCAGGCAUCCAAUCUGCACCCACUUGCCUAAAGAAGUGUUUGUUUUAUUUGGUUUGUCAUUCUUAAUUUAGUAAUGGGUUUUGUUCUUCACAUUUCCCUUAAUAGUCAAUUUCGAAAUAGGCAAACUGUAAGCGAAAUAAACUGAGAGUGAGCAUUUUAUUCAUAGGUGUGAAAAAAGCAAGAGGGAUGGGGGAAACAGUGGAGGUCACAAUAUAGGCAAAAUAUCAGAUACCUCUGUGUGUAGAAGGAAGUCAUGACACUCCACAUUAGGUGAGCUUCUCUCAACCUGUGGAAAACCUCACACUGAAUUUAAAGGAGAUAAUAGCUUUGCUAUUCUUUUUGUUCUGCUUUUUUUGAAGAGUUUAGAAGAGUUUGUUUCCUGUCUCGAUGCUGCUGCAGAAGCUUGUGAUAUUAUGGUGAAAAAGGGUGAUAAGAAGAAAGAAAGGUAAUAUUUUUGCAAUACAUAGUUUCCCUCCAUAGGCUUCUACAGGUGAUCACUUUUUCAGAAUGAUAGGUGCUUCGUUGCUGGCAAACUAGUCUUGCUACUCCAAGGAAUAGGGAGAUAAAAAUGUUUUAAUGUAAGUUAAUUUUCCAGAAAUGAUACUUUCCAGCUUUUUGCUUAUGACCUAAGCUUUCUUGGUGGGAUCUAGCCAUGCCCCCCCCCAAAAAAAUGCUCAUUUAAGAUCCUUCACAGUUAGGAACUGCUUAUGGAGGACAAAAGUUAAAUUCAAGUCUCCUGACAAGUUACACAUCUUCAUUCUGUGGCUGUUUAAAAUCCUUUUAUAUUAAGAAUACAUAUACCUACUGACAGUGCUUUUUUUCUGGGAGGGAUGCAGGAAUACGGAUACCCCUAAACAUUUUGUGAAUCUGAGUUUGGCCUCAUUGAUGGGCAGUAUUUCAAUAGGAGUAAGAAAAUGAGAGUACCCCUAAACAUUUUUUUAGGGGGAAAACACUGCCUACUUACCUGGUAAUCCAUCUCAUUGAACACAAUGGGUUUUAUUUCUAAAUGGACUUGUAUAUAUAUUGCACAUGUAAAAACUUCCAGCUUAUGAGUCCUAAAUUUAACAUUGAAUGCUUUCAACUUUAUUAAACUGGAAUAGGAAACAGAAUCCGUUAAAAAAUACAGAAAGAUACUUCAACAGUGUGUUUACACAUACUUGUCCCCAUUAAAGGUAGUUGGUUUUACUACCACGUGGCUACCAGUGGGGAGGUGCUUUAACAUUAUGGCCACUUAAGAGAAAAGACACAUUGACGAGUUGGUGGAGUCAUAACUAACUAGCUAGAAAUAGCAGUAUUCAUAAUUUAUUGUCAUCAUAGGAGCCCUUUAUCAUUCUGCAAGCAGUAGCAAUUAAUGUUCUUGUACUGUAGUCCUGGUUUCCUAAAUCUGUCCAAUAGAGUCGCUUAACCUCAUGGCACUUCCAACAGCAUUUGGAGAAAUAUAUGGGAUGGUAGUAAUGCAUGACCUGAAGUUCACAGGACUCUUGCUGAAUCUAAGCCAAGCCUGGUCAGAACCUGGGUAGGAGACUGCCUGGUACCCACAUAUGCCGCCAUGAUUUCCAUGAUAGAAGAAAGGUAUAAUGAGUGGAUUUGGUGGCAUCUAUACCUCUUGGUAAUAUUAUGCACCAGUAAAUUGCUCUUUUUCAUUCCUGUUAAUGGGUAGAAUAGUAUUCAGCUUUUUAAAGUAUUUGUGAAGUUGCCGUCAUUAUCCUUGUACUAGUAUUAUUAUUACUAAGUUUAUUCGUUUCCUUUUUGCCACAGGCAGCUCAAAACAAUAGUAGUACAUCUAUUAAAAGCGGGAAUGGGGAGAGAGGAAACAUUAAAAACAUGCCACCCAUUCUAAAAGGCCUUAGAUCAUACAAAUGGGAAGGUGAGAGUUUCUAGUUAUGGCCUCCCAGAAGAGGAGAGUGGAACUAUAGUUUUGAACUGUGGUCCAAGUCCAAAACUUUUGUUUUCAAGGAACAUUGUCUUACAGAUUAACUCACCGUUAUCCAAAUCUGCAAGUAAUUAAAUAGGUAAAAGCCUUUUCUCAUCAUACAUCCUGUUUCUUGUCUCAGGCAAAUCCUGUUCCAACACAGACAAGCUCUGAUUGAACAGCUGAAAGUCACAGAAGAUCCAGCUCUCGUUCUUCACCUGACAUCAGUCUUGCUGUUCCAGUUCUCAACACACUGCAUGCUUCAUGCACCCGGAAGAUGCGUGCCACAGAUCAUUACUUUCUUAAGUACAAAGAUCCCAGAGGUACUUACACUGGAAAAACCAAGAAGUGUUGUAAUUUGCUCUUUUCAAAAGUUGAGAAAAUGCUGGCAUUCACAGAAACCACUUUCUUUCUUUCUUUCUUUCUUUCUUUCUUUCUUUCUUUCUUUAUUUUGACUGAAAUCCUGUACACACGUUCUAGGAGUAAAUUGUAUGGAAAUCAGUAAAAGUAAAUAUGUAUAGGAUUAUAUAUGUGCAUGCAGAGGGAUGAAAGUGGACAUUUCUGUGACUGGUUCAGUAAUUAAUUUUCACAACAUAGAAUUCUCAUUAAGCACAUAUAGGGAACUAUGUGUGUCAACUAUAUAUAACAAGGGAUAAAAUUAGGUAUGUGGUCUACUGAAUUUAAGGGAAGCAACUACUGUGCAAUAUUAUAGUGCAAUGGUCUUCCAGGGAAAGUUGUAAAUACGGGAUGCAAUAUUUAAAAUAGAUUUUUUUUUAUGAUCUGCCCAUUAAUAUUAGACAAAAAUAAAAUCACUCAUUUGUAUUUUGAAGAAAUAUUAAGGUUAUCUUUUUUGAACGUGAUUUUAAUCUUGGUAUAUAUUUUAUGUGAACAGAUUAGAGGUUUUGAUGACUAAGCGGUAUGUAAAAUAUGUUAAAACAGAUCUCAUUUGAUUUGAUUUGAUUCUUUGAGAUGGGAUCAUAAUUAUGCUUGAAGGAAGUUGCUUUUCUCACUGCGGGUUCUUUAUGAACUAACACAACCACCAUUUGAUUAUAAGUUGCUCAUAUUGCCUUCUUAGUAGCCACAUUUUGUUUCAUUUUGCAGGAUCAGCAUUCUCUUCUUGUCAAAUACCAGGGGUUAGUAGUGAAACAGCUGAUAAGUCAAAAUAAGAAGAUUGGGCAAGGAGACGACGACUCAGUGGAUAACAACCUGAAUGCAGAAGAAAGCAUAGAGGCAAUCCGGAAAGAACUCCAGGAGCUGGCUGGCUCUGUCAAAGACCUUGUUCUCAGGCCCAGAAAAUCUUCUGUAACAGAGGAAUGAUAAUCUUAAUAAAACUCAUUCAGGAUGUUCAAAGAGUUGGGAUGUUUUCUUUGAGGAAAACUCUGAUAAUGCUUGAAAUAGCCUUGGCUUUUAGAAGCUGUGUUUGUAAUAAUUAUACUACAGCACAGCAACCAUGUGGUUGGCGAAAAGAACUGAAAUGCUUAUUGAAAUUGCAAGGCAGCAUAACCAAAGGGAGAAUUUGUCUCUUAAAAUAUUUUUGUAAUAUCUGGCAACUGAACAAAGCAUUUGUUUAGCUUUCAUAGAGUUAAGAAUUCUCAGUUUUGUAGGCCACAGAAACAGUGUUGGUCUCAAAGGAUGGAAGACGUUGAGCAUAUUUUUUUAAACUGUUGGAUUGGAACUUGGUGUAGGACUAUGCAAGCUUUUGCGUUUCAUAGAAUUCUGUCUGAUCUGACGAGUUCUUUGAAAUCUCAAAGCCUACAUAUUCACCAAAUAUGUUCUCGCACAAUGCUUGUGUUUUCCUUACAUAAAGAGAUGCCAUUUAUUCAAAAGGUUGUUGCUUAUAUGCAAAUGGAAGGUGUCCUUACAUUUCUGUUAACGGGACAUUCUCAGAGAUAGAAGGGGAGAAAACAACCCCCUCCCCCGAGCAGCCCUUGCAUUUCUCCGUCCUUUGCUACAGAGACCUGCCAACUCUCCAGAGUUGAUUUCUAUGAGGUAUAGGGGGCUUCAGAGAGAAGAAACAAUUGGCUAAAUUUUCACCUGUAAGAGUUCUACUACUCAGGAGUCAAUCAUAUAUCUCUGUAUUCUGUAUUUUUCCUUUCCAAAUUACUAACCACUUUAAAAAUGAAAUGUCACUAGAGCUUUUUUUGCACACAAAUUAAUUGUGUGUUUGUGUAUCAGGAAUACACAGUGCUCUGUGUCAUUUUAACAUUAUGGAGAGAAAUUGUUGUGGUUAAAAAAGUUAGCACCCCCAAAUUAUUUUAGUCCUAAUAUUAGCAUAUAUAACAGUUUCCAGUUUGUUCAAAUGGAGGGGGGGGCAGUGUCAGAGACACAGUUUAAGAUCAUUGCUAGAGGACAAAUGUUGACAAAUGCCCAUUAAAGUGAUCUCUUAAACACACUCUGUGGUGUCCCAUUGCUAGAUACAUGUGAUGUUUAAUAGUAUUUCACUCUCUGGUGUUUAUAACUUUGUAAUACAUUUAUUAUGAGACACAAUAUUUAAUCCAUUUAAAGAAGAAAAAGCUAGGAAAAGGUUAUCAUUAGUUCCUAUGUCAGGUCUUUGUACAUGUCUUGGUUUUAUUGAGCAAAUUAUUCUCCCGAACAGCCAUUCAUUGAGAUUUUUGUUAUUGUUUGUGCCAGCGUAACUCUUUUCAUUGCUGUUCCUGCUGUUUGCUGUAAUUUAGAUGCAUUUAUACCUCUUAGGGGUAUAAGUGAAAUUUCCAUUAUAUAUGGAACAUUUGGUUUAACAACAACAAAAUAGCAUUGCUGUUUUCCAUUGUAUUAAGUUACUUUGCAGCAACUUUGGGUUUCUGUUGUGGAUGCCUGACUGCGAACAAGUUUUGAUGCCAGGUUCUGCCUGCCCUUAAGCCAGCUUUCUGAUUUAACUUGUGCAGAUUGGCUCCAAGCCAGACAAGAGAAAGGGAGCUAUGGCAAGGCAGCUGGCUCUGAAGUGGAAGCAAACUUGGAUCCCUUUAAAAUGUGAUUGGUUUGAAAUCAUGGCAGGAAUAUCUGCCCCACUAGAACAAGUUUUAGUCUUUCCCUCCUUCCCUUUGUCAUUUGCAUCCCCACAGAAUUUUCCAUGCUGGUUCCCAUUCUUAAUAUUUAUUCAUUGUUCACCUUGUAUUACUCCCAUCUCCUCCUGUUCAUUUUUUUUCUUUCCUUCAAGUUCUCUAACAUAAGCUCCCCUUGCUCAGUACUUCUGCUUUUUUCCAUGAAACCCUUCUACCUUUCGUGCUUCUCUUCUGUUACUACUGUUAUUGUAAAAUGGAAAAUGAUUUUGAACGUUUGCAAUGGGAAUAUGGGGGCAGUAAGAUUGAAGAUUAUGUUACUCCUCUCAAAAGAAUCACAGUGUUUUUCUCUCAUGUGAGUUUUUGAUGCACACAAAAAUUCAAGCCCCUUCAUCAGGGUGCCCAAUUAAAUUGGAAUGAUAAAAAAAUAUCUCCACAAUGAUGUCUGCAACCAAAGGCGACCAUACUUCAACCAAAUGUGUACAGGAACCUGUAGUCCAUCUGAAAUAAGUUGUGCGGUGUGUGUGUUUGUUUGUUUUUAUGUAGCUCUUGUUACAUGAACUCAUUAAAUGACUAUAUUAACCUACA